AUGACCAAAGGAAAGAAUGUCAAUCCUGCAGAUGCAUUCAGAAAGGCCCAGAGGAAGAAAGAGCUGAAAAAGGCGAGUAAUAAGGUCGAGCGGACCAAGGCCCGUGACUUUGCACUCGUGAAGAAAGAUACGCACGAUCUCGAAGAUCAAGUCGCCAAGCUAGAAGUAAUUUCUAAUCGCUCUGCAGCAGAACAUAUCCAACUGGCAAAUCUCAAAGCAGAACUAAUUAAAAUUAUGAAAAAGAAGGAAGAUUACGUUGAGGAUCAUCCCGAACACCGCAGGCUGGUCUUUAGAGGCAGAAAGGUAGCGAACGAGGAUGACGUUAAAAUAUCAUCAAUGGAGCAAAAGAGAAAUCUAUUUAACAAACAUGGACUUCCCAGACACCCAGCCAGGAGUAUUUACUAUAACUCUGUCAUGAAUCCUUACGGUGUUCCUCCACCAGGCAUGCCUUACAUCGAGAGACCUUUCAAGCCAGACGAGGUCGCUAGUGACGAAGAAGACCAUGGAGAUGAUGGAAUCGUUAUGCCAGCGGGACCUCCACCCACAGCUGGAUCUGAAGAUGUACCAAGUGAUUCUGACGGUGAUAUACCUUUGCCAGUAGGUCCACCGCCCCCAAAGGACUCUGGUGCGUAUUAUGCUGCUAUUGUGGCAUGUGAAAAGCUCAUAGAUUUUUACUUUCUGUUCCGGCUCAUCCCCUCUAUUCGUACCUCCAUUGUCGCCCUACUCCUGUGGACAACAGUGAAAAAUAGUCUUGUCCCGCCCCCGCCCCUGCCCCCUCAUCCAGUUGGCCUCUUUCAGCCUCUACACGUCCCCAUGGUGUUCCCCCCAUUUAUGUAUCCACCUCCACCUCCAGGGCCUAUGAAUGUACGUCCUCCAUCCGGGCCACCACCAGCCUUUUCAGGCCCUGCUUUGUCGAUGUCAAUGCCCCCACCCCCACCUGGAUUUUUCUCUCGUCGUGCCCAGUCAGUCUCCGCUAUGCAAGCGCCAUUGUCGUCUGCGCCUCACCAGACCUAUCAGGCACAUGCUGCCAAUCGCGUCGCAGCGAAUGCCUAUCUCCCACGCGAUUCUAAGUUUCCUCUUACUACAGGUUCUUCGGUCUCUGGGCCUAUUACUACUGCGGCUACAGUUUCAGCCGCACCCCAAUUGAGGGACUUCAGGAAGGAAGCAACGGCCUUCGUUCCAGCAUCGUUAAAGCGGAAAAAACCUACUGCCGCAGGGCCGACUGCAUCCUCUAAUAUCAAUGCCGCUCCAUCUAUGACUCUAGUUUAA